ACACAAGACGCAGUCUUUUUGCUGAGAGUUUGAAACAAAAAAAAAAGAAAAAAAAAAGAGAGAAGAUGAGUGAUAUUGAGCAAGUGAAGAGUGAGGUGUUUCUUCAUCAUUCUGUCCAUCCACACGCACUCAAUCUCACCGUAGACAAUGUCAGUGGACCAAAAUGUGAAGUCUGCCAUGACUACACCUUCUUCGGACAGAUUGUCUACAAAUGCAGCGAUGACAACUGUGGCGACGACCUAACAUUACACCAAAAAUGCGCAGAAAUGCCGCUGGAGAUCAGUCUGUCCCUUUGCAUUUUAAGUGACUAUGGUCUAUCUUUUGCAAUGAAAAGUCCACGCGGGGUAAGUAAAAGUGGGUCUUUGCAUUCAAUUUGUUUCUUUACAAUGUUGGGUGUUUACACGGGAAAGACAGAUAAGACGACACAUGAUAAUAAUACACAUUUUAGGUCAGAUAACUCCAACAUAAAGGAGUUAUUUACCCUAUCAAAUUGAUUGAACUAGAACCCUAUUAUGUCUUGAAUUAGGUUUUGUUGUUUUGGUCUAUAUAUUUAUAUACGAUCUCCCAUUGUAUUAUUCUAAACAAUUAAUAUAGUACUCCAUCUGUCUGCCAAUAAAUGUCUUAAUUUUGAUCAAUGCGGGUUUUAAGAAUUGUUUGACUUUAUGAAAGAAAAUGGAGAAAGAAGAUAGUGGAAGGGGAUCAUACUUUUAUAUAUUGAUUUUAUAAUAAAAUGCGAGUAGAAUGAGUUAGGGAAAUGCGUUAUUCUCUUAUCAAAAAUAAUAAAAGUGAAAAUGAACAUUUAUUGGCGAACAUAUUAAAAAACAAUAAAAAAUGGGAUAUUAACCCUAAAACUCUUUAGUUAGGCAUAGCCUACCUCUCCUAAAUGUAGAUACACAUUGUAUGGAAUAUAAUUGGAUAAAUAUUUCAUAAUUUAUUUUUAUAUUCAUGAUUACUUUUGUUAUCCCUAACAUAACCAAUCUAAUAUGCCUUCUAAGUAUAUGAACAGUACAAACAACAUUUUCCUUUGUAAGAAGACAAAUGAAAUAUGAAUGAACAACAAGCUUAAUUAAGCCCAAAUGAUUGUGAUUAUGCAAUAGCAAGUCAAGAAAAUUCAAAUUCUAAUGAAAACCCGAAAAUGAGAACAUGUUUAUUCAUUAGACCUGAAUCUAACUCAAUUCAAUACAUAUAACUAAAUAAGCCACAGUUUACAAAAUUGAAGAAUAAAUCAUCCACUCUAGCUAUGUUAAUCAUCGUGAAUAAAUUCUUAGGCAAAAAUGAUUUCUUUUGGAUAUUCUUUGCUGCUAAGUGAAGUUUAUAAUAUUCUAACCUUGUGGGAUUCAUUCUGAUAAAUACUUUCAAGUGGUCCCUUAUAUCACUUUGGUAAGGAGCAAGAUUUGUAAGUAUAAGUAUGUACGUAGAUAGUAAUUUCAGCUGCAAAUUCAUCAAAACACACACACACGCACUAUUCGAAGAAGAAAAGAAAGAGAGAGGAUGAGUGAGAAUGGAAAGAAUGAGUUGCUCCAACAUCCCCUCCAUCAUUAUCCACUCAUUCUCACCCAAACAUGUUUUGGUGAAAGAUGUUAUGGCUGCGAGGAGGCUAUCUUCCCCGGAGAGAGGAUCUACAAAUGCAAUACAAAGGGGUGCUAUUACUAUAUGUAUUUACACGAAGAAUGCGCAGAAAUGCCGCGAGAGAUCACUCACGCCUUCCACCCUCAACACUCCCUCAUCCAACGACGAGUGUAUCCUUUUAGUCGCAGGCCAACAUGUUCAGUAUGUCGACAUCGGAUUACAGAGAUUGUGUACUCGUGCAGUAGCCCCCACUCGUGCAAAUUCCAUAUCCACGUAAAGUGCGCGCACAGCAUGGACAUGAUGGGCGAGCGAAGCAGCUUCACCAAACAUCCCAGCCAUCCACAACAUGACCUAAAGCUGUUGUGGAAGCCGGGCCGUGGCGCCUCCAUCAGGUGCGAUGCUUGUGGAGUCAUACACCCAGGGAACUCCUAUAUCUGCACCACUUGCCAGUACUGCAUCAACGAGAGCUGUGCCGCCUUGGGCCCCACCACCAACCGCCUUCUCCACGACCACCCUCUCUCCCUUGCUUACCGUCUUCCACAAGAAUAUAUCGAGUGCGGAUUCAGGUGUGAUGUGUGUUUCAAGCGAUUUUUUCCUUAUUAUUGGGUCUAUCAUUGUGUCAUCUGCAGAUAUGUUGUCCAUAUCAACUGCGCCUCCACACUAUCUCCCCCCAUCAGGAGCAAUAAUGAUGGAGAUGUCCUUGCGUUGCCCUCAAAUGACAUAGCGGGAGAUGUGAUCAUUGGAGCUUUUGUUAAGAAAUUAGGAGCAACUGUGAUUUGCAAUGAUAAUGAUUUGCUGAAAGGCAAAUAUAAACUCCAUAAUCCUGAGCAUCAGUUACGUUUAAUCUCAGUAUCACUGCAUGAUGAUGAAGAAGAAGAAGAAGAAGAAGAAGGAGAAAAUAAUAAUGAUGAUGAUGACGAUGACGACGACGCUGAACUUAAGUGUGGGUCUCAAAUAGUAUGUGAUGGAUGCACCGAUCCAAUUUCAUGGUGGUCAAAUUACAUAAGUUGUGGUGAAUGCAGUUUCUUUCUCCACUUAGCUUGUUUCAAAUUACCAGCGGAGCUCAGCUGUCAUCCACUCCAUCCCGAACAUGAUCACAUCUUAACCCUUCAAAUGUGUCCCAAAGUCGACUAUGUUUACUGCAGGGUCUGUUGGGACUCUACAAAUGGGCUCUUCUAUGGGUGUAAAGCCAAAGAGUGCAACUUCCGAAUAGAUAUCAAAUGCGUUUCUCUGCCCGGCACCAUCAAACACGCAUCCCACCCACAUCAUCUCAACCGGCCCACGUCAAGGACAAUCUACUGGGGACUCAAAUGCUGCGCAUGUAGUGAUCAGGCAUAUGGCCCUGCCUGUUACGCAUGCGAUGUCUGCCAAAUCAUAUUUCAUUCUAAGUGUGCGUUGCUGCCCGCGCAAGUGAGUAAUCGCAGAUGGGAUAAGCAUCCGCUGCCGCUGACGUUCAACGCUGCAGCCAACCAUCCCAGUGACUUCUAUUGCGAAGUCUGUGAAAGAAAGAUGCAUCCCAGGAGCGGGAUGUAUCACUGCCGAGACUGCGAUGUUUCCAUCCAUCCCAGCUGCCUCAAGACAGUGGGGGGCCGGUAUCGGAACUUCAAGUUUGGGCAGCGAUAUGAUGUCGGGGCACUUCACCAACACCCUGUCGUCCAUCAACUAACCAAUAAGCUGCAGUGCAACGUUUGUGGGCGAAGGAAGGUUUAUGGAACCCAAGGAUUUCAAUGUGCUUCACAGAAUUGUGACUUCUUCAUGUGUUCGGUAACGUGUGGUGCUAAGCACAAAAAUGUCAUACACGCCAUUGAUUGACUAAAAUUUACAAGUAGAAAUGCCAUUUGCAUUGGAAUAGUUUUCCCUUCCUUAACAUUCCCUUGUUUACCUUUCUUUUUAUUUAUAUAAAAGUUUAUUGGUCAAGUAUA